UGUUCAUAACUGAGACUAAAUAUGACCCGUCCAUUGCCAAAAUGGACACUUCGGAUGGAGUUAGCACACAUGCUGACGUGUGUCCCCAGGUUCAUGCCUAAGAGGCAAAAACGAAAUUUUAGUGAAACUAGAGGGACUUUUUUUCUGAAAAUCAACCCAUCACUACGUCACAGUGAUGACUAAACCACAGUCAAUGACAUAGUAAACCCUGGGGUUUAUUAAGUCAACCAUGGUUUGGCCAUACUCCUGCUACAGUCAAACCCCAUCUCGGUUCUAGUACAAUAGCAUCGUUUGCGUCCGUACACGUCUGCUGACGCGUGUCCCCAAACAACGCGGUUCCUUCCUCCCCACUCACCGCCCUAUUUAUUAUCCCUCCACCACCUUCCUCCCUCCCUCCUCUCUCAUCCACUCUCUCUCUCUCUUCUCUAUUUCUUCCUCACCUCUCUCUCACUCUCUCAUCUCUGCUUCGGUCCACCAUUUGUGGACUUAUCAUUGGACUCCCAACUCCACUAAGAAAUUUCGCUCACAUCUCUUAUCCAUUCCUUUCCUCACCCAUUUCUCUCAAAAAAAAUCAAACAAAACCCACCAUAGAUUUUUCGUUUUUUUUAGUAAUUGGGGUGUCUGACCAGUUUACGCGAAACAAACAGGAGAUUUAAUUGAGUGGGUACAGUAAUUAAUAUCUGGAUGGCGUCCUCGGACAAUUUGGCGAGCAUCGAGCAGUGGACGUUCCGAACGGCAUUUGCCGACUCGUGGAUCUCCGAAGCCUUCGCGCGCGACACCGAAACCCUGACCAAGGCCUUGCAGAAAUCGCUGUCCAACAACGUCUCCGCCACCGCGGACGGCGGAGGCGCGGCGGCGAUCUCUUCCUUCUUCAACCCGCCGCCGGAGAUUCCGAUGACGAUCAGGACACAGCUUAACGGUGGGGGUUCGGGAUCCGAUCCGGAGACGCCGGCGUCGGCGAAGCGGCGGAUCUCGAUUCCGGUCAACGGGGGCGGGAGGGCGGGGACGAAGCGGAAGUCGAGGGCGUCGAAGAGGACGACGACGACGUUUAUCACGGCAGAUCCGGCGAAUUUCCGGCAGAUGGUGCAGCAGGUGACCGGAGUCAGAUUCCCCGGCGGAAACUUGCAGGUUCCGGCGCCGAUGCUGUUGAAGCCGGAGCCGCAGCGGCCGAGCGUCAACCGCGCGCUGCAGGGACAGGGGUGCUUGCCCACUCUCGACACGUCAGCUUUUCUACUCGACCACCAGCACAUCCACCGACAACAGGUCUUGCCUCCCUCCGCCGCCGCCGCGUCGGUGGCGCAGCCGCCUCUCUCCGCUGCCGCGUCCACGCCCGAUUUCGCAGACUUCGACUCGUUUUCGAGCUUUCCCACCCUCGAGUCGUGGAAAGUGAUGUAGUAGUUUACUAUUCUCCUUUGUUCGUCAGGAAAAAUCACACGUUCGGUUCACAAAACGAGAAUUUAAAAAUAAUGUACUUUUUAAUCACAAAAUAUCUUGAAAAGUUUUCGCAGGUGACCAGAUAUUAUCUGAGCCAUUGCGUAAACUUUUUAAGUUACACGAAACACCUUGAGUGUUUUUUUCUCAUAAAAGUACAUUACGCUUUUAAGUUAUCAAUUUGCGGACCGAUAGAUCAUUUUUCUUGGGGACGGAGGGAGUACGAAUUUUGUAAGAAGAAGCGCUAAUCCCUGUUGUUUUUUUAAUUGGUUCUGAUGGAAAUUGCUAGGGGAGGGAGGAUAUGUAGGAUUGGGUCCAUGGGGAUAUUUGUGUCAAUAUUUGGGAGGGCGUGUUUGGUUAGGAAUCUGAUUUGUACUAUUUUGGAUUGGAUUGGGGGGGGUAUAUUUUACUAUUAUUAUGUGGUUCAUGUAGUUGGGGACUAGGGAGGGUGGUUGUACUUAUGGUGUUUGACUUUGGCUAUGGUAUAAUAAUAAUAAUAUUGGAUGGCUACACAAUUUUUAUCAA